UCCGGAUUGCAGUAGAACGCUCAGUAUAAAACUGCUGUCCGUGCCGUACACAAGGUGUCGAAAUGUUCUCUUCCAAGGUGAUUGUUGUUCUGGGCUUGGCCCUAACCAUUGUCGCAGCCAACGUUCCCGGUGCUCCACGCGUACUCACUGGAGAUGAUUUGAAAGACGCUGAGAACACUUUGAAUAGCUCUCUGCAGAAAUUGGCGAGUGGUGAUGGUCCCAAUUACCAAUUGGGUAAAAUUAUUUCGGCCACUCGCCAAGUUGUGUCUGGUAGCCUCUAUAAAUAUGAAGUCGAGCUUGUGGACGGUAACAAGGCCACAAAGAAGUGCAAUGUCAGCAUUUGGUCUCAGCCCUGGUUGGAUAACGGCAUUGAGGUUUCCUUUGAAUGUCCCGGCGAGGAUAAGGUGGUAAAGAAGCACAGCGCUUGAGCGUCUUGCUGAAAGUUCUAAUCAAAAACGAGCUAAAAUGAUCAAAUAAAAUGUGAUUUGUUGACUUAUGACGCCAGAACUUUUGUUGUUCCAGUUUAAAUUUAACAAGUCGUUGGACCAAUUAUCACUAUUAGUGCGUCAGCAAAUACAAUUGUUUAUACAACUUAAA